GCUGAGCUCACUGUUCCCCGACUCUCCCCCGGCACCAGACUCCUCCUGCUGACCGGACAGUGCCCCAGUAGAACAGACGGACCAACUGACAAGGGGAGGUGAGAGGUGCCAAUCAGGACUGGCUGUGAGUGUCACCCAGUGGGGUGGGGGAAGGGGCCACCAUGUCAUCAUACCAGAAGGAGCUGGAGAAAUACAGAGACAUAGAUGAAGAUGAGAUCCUAAGGACCUUGAGCCCUGAAGAGCUAGAACAGCUGGACUGUGAGCUACAAGAAAUGGACCCCGAGAACAUGCUCCUGCCAGCUGGACUGAGACAACGUGACCAGACAAAGAAGAGUCCGACAGGACCAUUAGACCGAGAUGCCCUGUUGCAGUACCUGGAGCAACAGGCGCUAGAAGUCAAGGAGCGUGAUGACUUGGUGCCCUUCACCGGCGAGAAGAAGGGGAAACCCUAUAUUCAGCCCAAGAGAGAAAUCCCAGCACAGGAACAGAUUACACUGGAGCCCGAGCUGGAGGAGGCACUGUCCCAUGCUACAGAUGCUGAAAUGUGUGACAUCGCAGCGAUCCUGGGCAUGUACACACUGAUGAGCAACAAGCAGUACUACGAUGCCAUCUGCAGUGGAGAAAUCUGCAACACCGAAGGCAUUAGCAGUGUGGUGCAGCCUGACAAGUACAAGCCAGUACCAGAUGAACCCCCAAAUCCCACAAACAUCGAAGAGAUGCUAAAGCGAGUUCGAAGCAAUGACAAAGAACUGGAGGAAGUGAACCUCAACAACAUACAGGACAUCCCCAUACCUGUGCUAAGCGACUUAUGCGACGCAAUGAAGACUAAUACCUACGUCCGGAGCUUCAGUCUGGUGGCCACAAAGAGUGGUGACCCCAUCGCCAAUGCGGUGGCUGACAUGUUGCGUGAGAACCGUAGUCUCCAGAGCCUGAACAUUGAAUCCAACUUCAUCAGCAGCACAGGGCUCAUGGCUGUGCUGAAGGCAGUUCGGGAAAACGCCACGCUCACCGAGCUCCGUGUGGAUAACCAGCGCCAGUGGCCUGGUGAUGCAGUGGAGAUGGAAAUGGCCACUGUGCUAGAGCAGUGUCCCUCUAUUGUCCGCUUCGGGUACCACUUUACACAACAAGGACCGCGAGCUCGGGCAGCCCAGGCCAUGACCCGGAACAAUGAACUGCGUCGCCAGCAAAAGAAGAGAUAGCGUCACCCUUCCUUUUACCAACAAGAGAUGAGAUCCCUGGACACAUAAAUCCUCAUCUCUCUCCCCUUUCCUGUAAAUAAAAUCCCUUUUGUUCA